UCUCAAGCUGUAGCCUUCAGUGACCGUCAGGCGCUCUACAGACAAAACAGGUUUUGGUUUCUAAUUUUACCUAAGUACAAUUUAACACAUAUAUUUAUAUAUAAAAUAUAAAGAUAUGCACAGCAGAGCUCCCAGAGUAACAGUUUGUCAUACAGGAAGCACAGACCCUACUGUUGGACCGGGGUCCUAUGAUGUUACUCACGUGGAAAGUGAGAAUUUGGGAUACAAUGCUCCAUUUCUGUCAAUGUCAAGUAGGAUUACUGUUUUUGAUAUUUCAAAGGAUGUUGGUGCUGCUCCUGGACCAGGUCAAUACAAUGACACAUUGCAAAAGGUGCACAUUUUGGGUGGAAGGAGCCUUCAAAAUAAAUCAAAAAGAUUCAUUGAGAAUUUUCAAGAUACUCCAGGACCAGGAUCAUAUGAUAUCAUUAGUUAUUUAAACUCCAAUGAGGAAAAAAAGACUAAAUGGAGGGUUACAUCAAGCCAAAUACAUUAUUUCAGAAAAUCUGACAUACCUUCAAUUCCUUCUCCUGGACAAGCUUAUGGAUAUGAAGAAAACAGUGAGGGAAUUCUCUGCAAACAGCCACCACCACACAAAGAUAUACAGCCUACUCCCGCUUUCAACAAAGCUGAAUCCUAUGCAACGCAGAAAUACAAAGGGAUACAUUUUGGAAAACUAACUGCACAACGAAGUUAUAUAAAUAUAAAAGAAGGUCCAGGACCAGGGCAAUAUGAUCUAAGAAAAAAUAAUACAGUUCAUUAUGAAAAUGUCAAUAUGAAACAAGAAGAAAAGUCAAAACAAGGCUCUUUUAUCCCAAGGCAUAUUGAAGCAGUUGUACUACAAGAAAAAAAAAAGGAUAUUCCUGGCCCUGGAAGUUAUGAAAUAAAGAGUCUUUUUGAAAAGAUUCCUGGUACUAAAAACACUCCAUUUCUUUCACAAGCUCAGAGAUUCUCACCAUUUAAAUUAAUCACACCAGCGCCAGGCUCUUACAAUGACCCUCGUACAGCUUUUGAACAUCUGUCCAAGAUAUCAAGUGUGAAGAGAAGUCCUUUUGGGCAAACUGCAGUUCGUUUUGUACCAGAUUUCAGAAGGUCAAUGACACCAGGUCCUGGUUCUUAUAAUAUAUUUGACUAUGGUAUAGCACAAGAUUGUAAUAAAAAAAUAUACUCAAAAAGAGCUAGAAAUGGAGGAUUUGGAUCUAGCUCCAUUAGGAGUUCCAACUACACAAAAAAUCAAAAUGAUCUGACUGCGUGCACAGAAGUUGAUAACAUUGCAACAGUACCAGGAGCUAUCAAGGAGAUACUUUGA